UAGCGUUUCUGUUUUCACAACUGUAAGGAUGUCACGUCAACCUACAUUGGGGUAGACAUCUCUCUGAUGGUUUACCAACUACUUCUCUAGUUGUUCCUGAAACAUACUCCUAACUUUUUCAUCGUAAGGCUGAAUUCUGACAGGUCUUAUGCUUGUUCUAAUAUGACACAAACAAAUGUGUCCUCGCAUUAAAGCAUGUCCAGUGAAGACUGAGUGUAUAUAUUGACAAAAUCAUCGGAAUCAAAUUGAUUAUUUCGCCUAAAUCAUUUUCCAAGUGCAAGUGUGGAUACUCCGAGAGAGGUUUUACAUCAUUCUGAUGUUCCAUUAAAACCUGUUGUCCAGAAGUUUAUUUUUCGUACAUUCAUAUCCAGCUUCUAGUGAAAUGUGUCCUGGGCAACAUGAAAAUAUGGUAAAGACAAAAACAGAUGACCCAGUUGUCUCUAAAUUGCUUAAUGGUUCUGUCAUGCGACCUGUCGCUGUGCUGCCUGGAUUAAGCGAAUAUUCAACUUCAGAUUCUGACCAGUCAACAGAUUCCGAUGAUGACGAAUCAACUGAUGUUGAAGAUGCUGUUUGUACAUUACAGCAAAUAGCCUGUACAAGAAUACGAUAUGCUAAAGCUGAUGGUGCCGUGGAUAAUGACUAAAAUUUGUCCAAGUAAUGUUUUCUGAUGUACAGUAUAACGCGAAAUUUGUGACUAAAUUGUAUAUUUCCCUCUUUAAAUUUCCUUCAUUGUUUCAGUCGUAAUAACCCCUUAUCUUUGUCGUCUAUUUUUCUGUCGGGUGAUCAAUACUGACAAUCUGUUCAAAUAUGUUAACGUUAAGGUGGCAUACUUAAGUACAGAUCCCUAGACCCAACUUAGUAAGAUACUUUUGAUGUAAGCGUUAGUAAUUCUACUGGAUUUUCGUGGGAAAAUAUACCAAUUCCCUUUAAACUUGGAACCAAAUAAAAGAAAGUAGGUUGCUUCAACCAUCUCUCAUAUGUUAAUAACCAGUACAUGGCAAUAAUUUUGUGUAUUUACUUGUUAUUGAUAACUUGAGCACUUGGUUUUCAGACAUAUAAUGAACGUUAACAAAUAGAAUACAUGAUAAUAACUUUAAAUAUUUUUAGGAUUUAAUUUGUCCUGCAGGUGUUCUAUCGGAACUGUGAACGCGAUACUGACGACUCCGAGUCUAUGUGAAAGCUGUAGUCAAAACAAGGACAACUUGACUUUAAACUCUAUAUGUUUCGAAUAGUGUUGCGUGUCUCGUCGAAGUGAAUCAAAAAAUUAUUUGUAGUCACACUAGUAUGAUAGGAUAAUAUUGUCCUUCAAUUGGCAGGUCACAUGCAACAGGGAUAGUCUACAGACACAUCAGGUCAGGUCGACACGGCGGGUGUUUAAGCAGAGAUUUGGCUGGCUAUUUAUUGACAUAACUAAAAAUUUUAAUUAGUGUAUCUAAGCUAGACUGGAAGCCUAUAGGAGUAUCGUUUUCUUUGAACAAUUAGUAAGACUGUUUAUAAUAAAUGGUGUAUUUAUUUCUUUCAGGAGGGUGAAAUUUAACGCACGUCCCUUUGGUGUUAACAGUUUUCCGUCUUUAAGCGCUUCUUCAAUAUGUUUCAGCUCAAACUCCACUAAAAUAACCGUAAAGUCACGCCAAAAAUCUGAACCACCCCUGUCGAAAUGUAGAUUUCAAAAGUCGAAUUGUAGUAAGGUAGGUACCACCUGGCUUUCAGUUUAGGGUGUAGUCAGAUUCUUUCUCCUUGAAUGGGCGAAUUGAAGAUGUCACAUGGAUUAAAAUAACAGUUAUGUCGUAAAUUCUGCAAACAGUAUUUAAAUUAUUUACUGGCUUUUUGAUACAUUUAGGUUACGACCUAAUGGUUUCCUGACAUUGAAUUAUGCUCAGUCAAAAUUGCAUAAAGUCAAGGCUUUAGAAUUCACCUACAUUUUCCAUCUAAGGAUAUAGACAUGGUUAAGAUAAGAUGAUCCAUCACAAAGUUUCCAUUAAAUAUUAUGGGAAAAUAGUUGUGUCUCGCUAACGCCAUCAUUCCCACUGUAUCACUUGACUAAGGACUUGUACAAAUAGUAUGAGGAAGUAAAGGUUAAGAUAUUCAGGACUUUACUGAGUAACAUAGGUAUGAUGAUAGUGAAGAAGCAGUCAUGUAAUGUUUGAAAGAGAAAUCUGAGUAAAUCAUGAUUUUACACCAGUUCCUGCUAGCUAUUCGUAAUCAUCGCAACAUUCUUUAGAAAAAUGCAAGGGUUCCCAGUGAAUCUUAUCCAAUGCUUUUCACACACAAAUAAUAG